AUGGAGGACAACAAAGUUACCCCCUUGAACCACUUGAGUUCAAAGGAAGAUUUCCUCCGUCGUGUGCAGACUGCAGACAGUGUUUUCCUCCCUCGCGAUGUCUUCGAAGCGCUCUACCUCUCACCUGAGCGAAAUGUCCCCGGAGACUUGAGGAAGAAGUUUGGUAAUCCGACACCCGCCGCUCUGAUUGGGUUCGUCAUGUCCGCAACUCCAUAUGCUGCCGCAAACAUGGGCUGGCGUGGUGCAGGAGGUUUGGGAGGUGCCCUCAUCCCAACAAUGAUCUUCUUCGGCGGUAUUCUUCAGAUCUUGGGCGCUAUCGGCGAAUGGAUUCUGGGGAACACCUUCUCCAUGUGCUUGUUCUUCACCUAUGGCACUUUCUGGAUCGUGGCCGGCACUCAACUCGUUCCGUGGUUUGGGGUCGGGGUUCAAUACUCCACCACAGGAGACAACUUUCAUGGAAUGACUGAACCGGCCUAUUUUGCCACUGUCGGAUUUUACUAUGUCUCCCUGGCUAUGAUCACCACGAUUUUCGCCAUCUGCGCUUUGAGGACCAAUAUCGUCUUCUUCUCUGCCCUUUUCACCCUGAUCUUUGCCUUCGGAUGUGCCGCAGGCGCUUUCUGGCAUCUUGCACUCGGAAACGCGGACACGGGCAACAAGUUGACUAUAGCAGCGGGUGCUUUCACGUGGGCCCUUACGAUGAUGGUGUGGUAUCUGCUCGCUGUUCAAUUGCUGGAAUGUGUCGACUUUCCACUCACACUCCCUGUGGGCGACCUGUCGGGAUUCAUCAAGGGAAAGUCUGAAAGGGCCGCUAAAAAGGUAGCAGGGAGUGCAAAUGAUAGCGGAAGUUAG